AUGAGAAAAUCUCCUCACAAUAAAUUGUUGGAGUUAGUUAAGACAAACUUGCAACGCUUACCCCUCAGAAUUUUUGAAUUCAACCUGGCAUUAAUUCCAAGGGUUGUCUCCAGGUCUUCCAAGGCUGGUCUCGUCGGUGGCGUGGAAGCCGUGCGUCGGUGCAGAAAAUCGGCAGCAGACGAAAGCGUCGGUCCCAAUUUAGCAAAAGUUGAAAUGGACGGCGAGAAGACGCCUUUGCUACUUUCGGCUUCUUUGCAUGCGGAUCGAGUCAAAGCGUCGUUUUAGCAGCUCAAUGAUUUGCAGAGCUGCUGCUUCUAUAUACUCCGUCCAUCUUGAGGGACGCUUAUAUUUGACUCGAUGUUUCGCGACAUGUGGCUCUUGUUAUAUUCUGUUAUUGGUACCCAGACUUUGAAUCUCCAGAUCACAUGUGCAACUAGCCUGCCAUCGGCGUGAUGGAAUUCCACGGUGCGAUUCUUUCGUGGCCAAAUAAAUGCCUCACGUAUAUACUGCCUUC